UAAUCGAUACUUUUUGCCUUCUCGCAACAUUUUCAGCACUCUGCAUCUGAUCGAACCUACGGUGCCUACCGGCUUCCGCCAUGGCUUCGCCGUGCGAUCUCUCAAACCUCCAGGACGAUUCCAACCUCAAACUAGUAAGCGAUCCGCAGCACGAAGUGGAGGCAGAAGUGUCCCGGUUACACGACAUUCGGGUCGCGGGUCGGACAUCAUCCCACGGCAGGUCUCUCUCCGCCACGCCUCGAAGCCGCGCGAGCUCCCCAAGGUCUUUCUGGGACAACGGGUUCGGGUCGGUUCCUAACCGGUUUUCAGACUCGCAUGGCGGAUCUCGUUCUUCUCGAUCUGCCUUCUCGAAGAUUGUGUGGUUUCCGGGUGAGCAGAAGCAAAUAAUGAAGAGGAGUGCAUGGUAUAGGCUAGCUCUGAUUGGGGUGCUGGUGUUCUUUCUCUUGGUGAAUUGGUGGAUGCUUUUGAGUAUUGAAGAUAAUUCUGCUCCCAAAGGCGGAUUUGUUUACGCAAAUUCAUCUUUAGUUCAGGGAAAAUUGAGAAAAAUUGGUAAAGGAAAAAAGCAGCAGAAUGUUAUAUAUGGAAGGUUGUUGGCUUUGGCUGCCCAUGCCUUGGCAGAGAAUAAACCUGAGCCCAAGGAUUUAUGGUUGGAGCCACUGGCUUCUGCUUCUGCAUGGAGACCUUGUGCUGAACAGCGUAACUGGAAACCUAGUGGGAACAAUAGAUACAUUAUGGUUAGUGCAAAUGGUGGGAUAAACCAGCAGCGUAUUGCUGUCUGCAAUGCUGUUGUUAUUGCUCGGUUAUUUAGUUCUACUCUUGUACUUCCCAAAUUUUUAUACAGUAGUGUCUGGAACGAUGUGAGUCAAUUCGGGGAUAUCUAUCAGGAGGAGCAUUUUAUUGACUAUUUGAAACUUGAUAUUCGGAUAGUGAAGGAACUUCCAAAGGAGCUGCAGUCAUUAGAUUUGGAGGCUAUUGGUAGUGUUAUAACGGAUGCAGAUAUUAGGAAAGAGGCCAAGCCAAGUUUUUACCUGAAAAAUAUUCUUCCUGUGCUGCGUCAAAAUAGAGUUGUCCAUUUUAUUGGUUUUGGGAACCGUUUGGCAUUUGACCCAAUACCAUUUCAGUUGCAGAGACUUCGAUGCAGAUGUAAUUUUCAUGCAUUGAAAUUUAUUCCCAAAAUACAAGAAACUGGUGCUUUGCUUCUUGAAAGGAUGCGUCAGCAUGCGCCUCACUCUGGACUGUUGGAUCAUUAUCUCAUUGGACCAUUUGCUGAACCGGCUAAGAGGGCAAAGAAGGGUCAUGCUGCAAAAAAUAUUAGAUACUUGUCUCUACAUCUAAGGUUUGAAAUAGACAUGGCAGCACAUUCUUUGUGUGAUUUUGGUGGGGGCGAAGAAGAGAGACGGGAGUUGGAAGCAUAUCGUGAAAUGCAUUUCCCUGCAUUGACACUCCUGAAAAGGACUGCUAAGUUACCUUCUCCAGCAGAACUUAGAUCUGAAGGGCUAUGUCCAUUGACACCUGAAGAAGCAGUACUCAUGCUCGCUGCUCUUGGUUUCAGACGCAAGACACAUAUAUUUCUGGCUGGUGCACACAUAUAUGGUGGGAGAUCAAGGUUGGCUGUCUUGACCAACUUGUUUCCUAAUUUGGUUACUAAAGAGAACUUGCUUUCAUCAUCUGAAAUUGAGCCAUUCAGGAAUUUCUCUUCUCAGCUUGCAGCACUGGACUUCAUUGGCUCCACUGCUGCUGAUGCAUUUGCUAUGACAGAUUCUGGGAGUCAAUUUUCAGCUUUGGUUUCUGGUUAUCGUAUUUACUAUGGUGGAGGUAGAAUGCCAACUAUAAGACCAAAUAAACGCAGACUUGCUAAUAUUUUCUUGAAGAACAACACCAUAGAAUGGAGGGUAUUUGAACAGAGAGUGAGGAAGGCAAUUCGACAAACAAAGAGGGCCAAGGAAAGACCUGUUGCAAGGAGUGUUUACAGGCAUCCCCGUUGUAAAGAAUGCAUGUGCUUUGCAGAUUAGUUUUUGCUUUAGCAGGUAAGAUAAUGCCAAAUUGUAAGAUGCAAACGUUCAACUUCAUUAUAUUUAUUUGAGCUUGCUGCCACUUGUUACGGGAACAUCCAUUGUUCAUGAAUUUUAAUAUCCAUGUAUUAUCCGAUGGGUUAUUCUGAUUAUUUGAAUUUUGUAGGGCCAUUGCCUCUCUUUUCCUUUAAGCCUCGAGGAUUGCUUGUAAAUAUUUUCUUAUAAUAUUCUUGGCUAGCCUAUCAAUGGAAGUUACUAAUGGUUUAAAAAAUUAUGAUCAUGGAAUUAGGUUGGUUUGAUUGAUGCGACUUUUGUUUGGAUGAGCAAUUGUAUACUAACCAGUAUGUUGGCCUCGCCCACAGGUUUUGUUAGCAUCCUUCAAAACCUGAUUGUCCGCAACAAAGCAUUUUUAGCAUUUGGAUGGAUGCAAACAACCUCCUAUUGAGAGUAAUUUUUUGAAAUAAUCCAGUAGAUUGCAUCAAUUAGCCAUGGUUUGUUCUUGAAAUUACAAGCUAUCAUUAUUGGCAUUGUAUAAAUGGAUUAAUUGCAUUUCUUUCUUGUUACUUUUCUUUGUACAAUCAUGAACAUAAUUUGACAGUGUUUUCUUUGUAGUAAAUGUUGAAGAGAUAAAUGGGUUGUAUGUUUCUGCUAAUCUUUGUAAAGUAAUCGUAAGGCACUUUUUGGACAAAUUAUGAAUAAAGACUAAUUUCAUUGCGUUAUCUAUUGCAUGUAAAUUCUUCUGGAAUAUUGUCAUUGUUCUUGGAUCCUUCAUGGUCUGAAGUAGUCUGAUCAUCAUCUAUUGUGAUUUGUUGAAUAAAUCAUAAUCGGAUUAGUUCACCCUACCUGCAAAUACCAUACAAUUCAUUGUUGUCUUCCCUUUCAGCCUUUGUUCUGCAUUAUUCAAUUUGAAAAUAGUCUCCAAUCCCCUGAAAUUAAGGAAGUUAUCAUCUUUCAUCUGGAUGACCUUGAAACAGGCAGAACAGAUAAGGGUAUCCGCACAACGUGAUCCUAACGUCCUGUUAGAACAAUCUCACCAAAGCUAAACUCAUCCAUCUCCUGUGUCACAUUGAAAUGUAUUUCCAAAUCUUGUGUUUCCCUUGGAGCUAUGGUAAAUCAAGGUGGAUACAUGCCAACUGUGACCCCCUUGGAUAGUCGAACUGAGAAUGAGUAUGUCUCUGGCUUGUUCCCCAUGUUCUUGACAUUCCGUCAUACCACUCUGAAUCCAGCUAGUGUUGAUAUUGUUACUGAAGGAAGGUUCAGGUCAGAUGGUAAAGUGGCUUAUUGCACUACUUGUGUAGCAUUUUGAACCAUAGCUGGGUUAGUGUUGGGCAAGGAGCACAGGAAGCUGAUGUAGUCCUGGAAUUUUGCUUCACAGUCAAAUGUUAUCAUAUAUUUAACCAGGGGUAAAAACUGACAAUACUUGAAUUCAGUUAUUUUUAUCUCAGGAUGUCAAAUAACAAGCUACUUGAACUGGUGGGGGACAGAAUCCAAAGAGCUGAAGCUGUGAAAAAAUGCUGAGUUAACCUGAUGGAAAAACCAGACUUGGAUCCUUCACAUGAACUGGAUCUACAAGGCCAGCAUCAAAAUCAAAAGGAUCGGCACGAUUCAAGCUGCUGAUAUCAGAUCCUUCUGCCAUCAUGGACUGCCCAUGGUUGUCAUGCUUGGUUGCGGUGGUAGAGAUUGCAGAGGCAAUCGUUGAUGGAGUCCAUGAAUGAUUGUGAUGCUUGAUGAGUGGCUUGAGUGCUGCUAUUCUGAUGACGUGAGGUGUUUCCAUGUUGGUACCAGACAAAAGUGUAAAUCUGUAUCCUACAGGCAGAGGUAUGGUCAAUUGAGGAACUAGGUAUAAUUAAUUAUAGAACAUCUGAUGGGGAUCGACAUACUAUGCUCAUGUCAUUUUCAGAUAUUAUGACACGUGGACGGUUUCCAAAUGUCCACAUUUCCUUCGCCGACAUGCUAACACAUGGAAGACCUCCGGAUGCCUCUUUUGUUCGUUGCUUCACAGAAAUUCAUGGAGUAUCUAAAAUACGUUUUCAGUAUGAGAAAGACCCCAACAGAGAUGCUGAAGCAAGCCCGUGAUCAAGACCCCAUGUGGGCCCCACAUGGUCUUGUGGGUCCCACAUGGUUUCAUAUUGGGCCCGAUACAGCUGGGCCUCCCCUUUGACAUAAUUGCAGAUUUUAAGUUGUAAUAAUUAUUGAGUCAACUUAGCUUGCAAGUGUGCUAAGUAUUUAAUAGGUCUAGUAAGUUGAGCUAAUUAAUGUAUUUAGUAAGUUGUGAGCUAUUUAAUAUGUCUUGAAAGCUGGAAUAUUGUAAGUUGUGUGAGUAUUUAUUAUGUCUAGUAAGUUGUGUAUUUAUUAUUUGUCUCA